CUCAGGUAGUGUAGGUAAUGAGCAGGAUGAUGGCUGGGAUCAAAUGUGUUGUGUUUUUGGUGGUCCUGAUUUUCCAGUGGACUCAUGCAAGAGGAGAUACUGAAGUGUCCUGCAUUUUCAUGGAAAGCUGCAUGUUACCGUGCAGCUAUAGUGGCAGUGAUGUAGUCAUCAACUGGACUCAGGUAUCAGCAGGAGACCUUAAUGUCCACUCAUUCUACAAUAACCAAGACCAGCUCAAACUCCAGAAUGAGCACUUCAGAGGCAGGACAUCACUGUUCAACGACCAGAUCCCCACAGGAAACGCCUCACUGCAGCUGACAAAGGUGGAGGUUGAGGAUGAAGGAAGAUACAAGUGCUACACCAGCACUGACGGAGGAAACCAAGAAUCAUUUAUUAACCUAAAGAUAAAGGGUUCAGGUAAUUCAGGAGCUAUUUUAGGAGGGGUGAUUGCAGCCAUUGUGAUUACAGGAGUAGUAGCAGCAGUAGGCUUCAUGCUUUAUAAACGCAGAAAAGGCCCCAAUCCCUCAGAGCAACAAGAACCACAAAGUACAGACAGUGAUUCUGCAUACUAACACUGAACUUGUACCGAUGGCAAAGGGAAGGUCUACCAUGAAUGGUGAAACACCUGACACCACCCUAGCAGACCCCAGCAGCUCUGCUUCAGCACUGAACUCUCUUAAUGUGUUGACUCUCUGUUUAGUAAAGCACAAACAUUCAUAAGUGAAAAACACGCUAAAGACAACCUUCAAAUGAGUUUCUUGGAGCCAUAGUAACUCAUACGUGCACUGAGGAGCAAGAACACUGAGACAUUAAUUUCCUUUUUUUUUUUCCAUUUUGUUUUCGUCAAUUCAAUUCAAUUUUAUUUAUAUAGCGCCAAAUCACAACAAAAGUUGCCUCAA